GCAGGGGGACGCGGCCGCCCAGGCCGAAGCGAUGGAAGCGGAGCCGCGCCGCAGGCAGGAGCAAUCGAGAGCGGAGCGGCCAUGGCGACCGGCGGGCUGCGGCAGCGCCUGGUGCACCUGGACCUGAAGGGCGCCCCGCCGCGAGCCGCUUACCUGGGGCAGGUGCUGCCGCUGCUCCGUGCCCUGGGCGCCACAGGGCUGCUGCUGGAGUAUGAGGACACCUUUCCCUACACGGGGCCGCUGGAGCCGCUGCGGGCACCACACGCCUACAGCCGCCAGGAGCUCCAGGAGCUGCUGGGCCUCGCCAAGGAGCAGGGGCUGGAGGUGGUGCCGCUGGUGCAGAGCUUCGGGCACAUGGAGUUCGUGUUGAAGCACAAGGAGUUCGCCCAUCUCCGCGAGGUGAGGAUGUUUCCCAACGCUCUCAACCCCCACAAGGAGGAGUCGCAGGCGCUGGUCAAAGCCAUGAUCGAUCACGUCAUGGCGCUGCAUGAAGACUUGAAGUGGUUCCACAUAGGAUGCGAUGAGGUCUACUACCUUGGUGAAGGAGAAGAGUCAAAACAGUGGCUGCAACAACAAGAGAACACACCAGAAAAGCUGUGCUUAUCCCAUAUAAAAGCAGUUGCAAGUUGUAUGGCCUCAUCUUAUCCCACUGUGACUCCCAUCGUGUGGGAUGACAUGCUCAGAGGGAUAAGUGAGGAAACGUUGGCAGAGUCUGGAGUCCCACAGCUUGUGCAGCCUAUGAUCUGGGACUACGCAGCAGACCUGGAUGUGGAGAGCAAAGUGCUUCUUGUAGAGAAGUAUCGUAGAUGUGGUUUCUCCAAGGUGUGGUUUGCCAGUGCUUUUAAAGGAGCUACAGGGGUGAAUCAGUCUCUAACGCUCAUUGGACACCACUUACAAAACCAUCUUCAGUGGCUGAAAGUGGCAAGCAGUACCCCCACCGAUGUGCUUCAAGGUAUCGCGCUGACCGGCUGGCAAAGGUAUGAUCACUUCUCUGUUUUGUGUGAGCUUUUCCCUGUGGCAAUUCCAUCAUUGGCUGUAUGUCUGCAAGCACUAGAGAAUGGUGGCUAUUCUGAAAUGGUUAAAGAGAAUGUGGAAAAGCUCCUGGGAAUGCCCAAUCUGGAAAUUGAUACUUUCAUGAGCACAAGUCUGGGGACCUUUCCUGGGAGCACUAUUCUUACCCUGGUGACACAAGUUAGUUUCUACCUCAAGUCAUCUGUGGACGAACUUCUUGAAAGGAACAGAUACGUCACAGGCUGGUUCAGUCCCUACCACAGAAAAAGGAAGAUUAUUCAUCCUAUAAUAAUGCAUCAUUUUCAGCCAGAUGCAAUAAGUCUUCUGUCAAAGUGGAAUGCCGUGGUGCAAGACCUCCAAGCAGCCAUGGAACAAGUUUUCCACAACAGUACUGUAGAGGAGUGGAUGGAGGAGAACGUCCACCCCAGCCUACAAAAGCUGCAACAAGUGGUGGAUGAUUUAGACAAAGCAAUAAAAGCACAAACCUAGUGAUGACCUAACAGUU